AUCGGAUCUCGGGAGAGAAAAAAUUUCUUUCAACCAUUCGCUGGUUGGCAGGCGAACUUUUCAAAGUAGAAAGUUUUAAAAGUGCAAUUCAGUCGUGAAAAGUGCUUCGGAAACUAGCAAAGUUGCAGUAAUUCGGUAAACGGUGUGGAUUACUUCGCCCGUGGAUACCAAUAUGAGCUAUCAAAUGCCGCAAAAUCGAACAAUGUCCCACAACCCCUAUAAUACAUCGGAUAUGCCGAUGCCCUCGGCGAAGGAGCAAACGCUGAUGUGGCAACAAAAUUCGUACAUGGGUGAUUCCGGCAUCCACUCGGGUGCGGUUACACAGGUGCCAUCACUCAGUGGCAAAGAUGACGACAUGGAGGAGGAUCCACUGAUGUUCGACAUGGAUCAAGGUUUCUCGCAGAACUUCACCCAGGAUCAGGUGGACGAUAUGAACCAGCAGCUCAGCCAGACACGCUCGCAACGUGUACGAGCCGCAAUGUUCCCCGAAACUCUGGAGGAAGGCAUCGAAAUUCCAUCGACACAGUUCGAUCCACAGCAGCCCACAGCGGUUCAGCGAUUGUCUGAGCCAUCGCAAAUGCUCAAGCAUGCUGUUGUCAACUUGAUAAACUAUCAAGACGAUGCAGACCUGGCCACUCGAGCUAUUCCAGAGUUGAUCAAGUUGUUGAACGAUGAAGAUCAGGUUGUGGUUUCCCAGGCUGCCAUGAUGGUGCAUCAGUUGUCCAAGAAGGAAGCUUCACGACACGCUAUCAUGAACAGCCCACAGAUGGUCGCUGCUUUGGUGCGUGCCCUGUCGCAGAGUAACGAUCUCGAAACGACUAAAGGAGCUGUUGGAACGCUGCACAAUUUGUCACACCAUCGCCAAGGUUUGCUGGCAAUUUUCAAAUCCGGUGGAAUACCAGCUCUUGUUAAACUGCUCUCAUCACCGGUUGAAUCCGUGCUGUUUUACGCAAUCACAACCCUUCACAAUCUGCUACUCCAUCAGGAUGGUAGUAAAAUGGCAGUCCGUUUGGCUGGUGGCCUACAAAAGAUGGUAGCUUUGUUGCAGCGCAACAACGUCAAAUUUUUGGCCAUUGUGACCGAUUGCCUACAGAUUCUUGCCUACGGAAAUCAAGAAAGUAAACUUAUUAUCCUUGCUUCCACCGGACCGAGCGAAUUGGUCCGCAUAAUGCGCUCCUAUGACUAUGAGAAGUUACUUUGGACAACCUCGCGCGUGUUGAAGGUUUUGUCUGUUUGUUCAAGCAACAAGCCAGCCAUCGUUGAAGCUGGUGGCAUGCAAGCGUUGGCCAUGCAUUUGGGAAAUCCAUCACAACGUCUCGUUCAGAACUGCCUUUGGACGUUGCGCAACCUCUCAGAUGCCGCUACAAAGGUUGACGGUUUGGAAACGCUCCUCUCUGGUUUGGUCACUGUUCUGGGCUCAUCCGAUGUCAACGUUGUCACCUGUGCUGCCGGCAUUCUUUCCAACCUGACAUGCAACAACCAACGGAACAAGGUCACCGUAUGCCAGGUUGGUGGUGUCGAGGCUCUCGUUGGUACCAUCAUCAACGCUGGGGAUCGUGAGGAAAUCACAGAGCCAGCUGUAUGCGCACUGCGGCACCUCACAUCGCGUCACCCAGAGUCUGAAUCCGCACAGAACAUCGUUCGCAACGGCUACGGACUGCCGGUGAUUGUGAAGCUACUUAAUCCGCCAUCUCGUUGGCCCCUGAUCAAGGCCGUCAUAGGGCUGAUUCGUAAUCUGGCACUCUGUCCAGCUAAUGCAGCUCCAUUGCGAGAGCACGGGGCAAUCCAUCUACUGGUUCGACUGUUGUUCAAGGCUUUCCAGGACACACAAAGGCAACGCUCAUCGGUGGCCACCAACGGUUCGCAGCCUCCGGGAGCCUACGCCGACGGUGUACGCAUGGAGGAGAUUGUCGAGGGCACGGUUGGGGCGUUGCACAUCCUCUCGAAAGAGGAACUCAACCGGCAGCUAAUCCGCCAGCAGAACGUUAUUCCGAUCUUCGUGCAGUUGCUCUUCUACAACGACAUCGAAAAUAUUCAGCGCGUUGCUGCCGGCGUUCUGUGUGAACUGGCCGUCGACAAGGAAGUGGCUGAGAUGAUCGAAGCCGAGGGUGCCACCGCACCGCUGACUGAACUGCUCAAUUCCGCUAACGAGGGUGUUGCCACCUACGCGGCCGCCGUCCUGUUCAAGAUGAGCGAGGACAAAUCCAUGGACUAUAAGAAGCGUUUCUCCAGCGAACUGACCACCCUGCCGGUGUUCCGCGACGAUACGAUGUGGAACAACGGUGAACUCGGGAUAGGGCCGGACUUGCAGGACAUCCUCUCACCCGAUCAAGCAUAUGAGGGCCUUUACGGACAAGGUCCCCCCAGUGUGCACAGCUCACACGGAGGUCGUGCAUUCCAGCAAGGAUAUGACACACUGCCGAUAGAUUCGAUGCAGGGUUUGGAGAUCGGAGGAAGCGGUAACGCUGGCCAAGCUGGUGGCAAUCCCACCGGGGGAAACAACGCAGGUGCCGGUGGGCCUCCAUCCGGCCAGCCUACUUCGCCGUAUGCGAUGGACAUGGACGUCGGUGAGAUGGAUGCCAGCGAACUCACGUUCGACCAUCUGGAUGUGAUGCCAUCGCCACCGCAGGAUAACAACCAGGUUGCCGCCUGGUACGAUACCGAUUUGUAAACCGGAGCAUUUCGGGUUCGGAUUCUUUUGCAUCGUUUUGCGUAGCGUAUUAUUUUUUUUUCCUCUUAUCACACACAUUUUAUUUGAUACACGAUGUGCUUCCAACACAUAUUGAGAAGAUUUCUCAUCGAGAGUGCAGCUUCUAACACGCGUGUUUGACUCGUUUUAUCUCUUACAUUUAUUGUGAUACAAAAUAUACGAUUCUCCCUUUUACUAAAGCAGCUCAUAUCGUAUCAAUGUAUGUUGGAAGCUUGCUCUAAACUCUAUUUUUAAACUUAUUAAAUUACAUAAAUACUUUAUGUAUUUUAAAUAAUAAUAAUAAAAAAACGAAAUCAAACUAAUAACGAACUUUAUUUAGAAAGGCUAAGUUCCGGUUAAGAACUAAUUCAGAAUUAUUAUUAUAUACAUAUAUUUAUACACAAACGAUGACAGCUUUUCAAUAUUUUACACAUGGAUGUUUACUACUGCAUUUCAAACGUUAAUUUGCCCUAACGUUAGAUGAAAUUGAUCAUUUCGAGAUUUCGAUUCAUCACCAACGCAAUGUGACAAGCUUCGAGUAAAAAUACAGUAUUGGAGGUAUAGAGAGAAAUCUAAACAAAAAUAUGAAAUCUAAAACAAACAAAAAUAGUAGGUAUAAAUGUUAUCACGCAGCUAAGAAGAGGAAGAAUAUGAUCAAUUCGAAUCACAACAAAUCUGGUUACUGAUUGGAACCGGAAGCGUAGUAGCCAAGUCAUUAAUCACCCCACAAUUUCAUAAUUCCUCAAAUUUUGUUGAGAAACUAAAACACAAUUACACAGAAGAAACGGAUACUAUUUCUAACGAUGUGGGCCUAGUUUGUAGCAAUCCCCCACUUUUGUUCCUAGGUUGAUAGGUACAAUGAGAAAAGGCAGAACACAACCGUCUCGUUGCGAUUUAGAAAAUUGUUUGAGUUAUUUUUUAUUCUAGUUUUCUUGAUAGUAAUUUUGGAACGAUUUCUUUUAUUAUGUUGUCUUUACACACACCAUCUUACGACGAGAAAAGCAGUAAUUUGAUGCAUUGAUGAUAUGCCCUAAAUGAUGAAUUAUUACGAUUUUGGAAAAUUGAUUCUAUAUUGAAAUUAUUAUACAUUAUAAAAUGAAACGACCCUUCCUUUCAGUAUAUAAGAGAACGCAAGGAGAAAAAUAUAUUAAAUGCUAUACAAUAA